UCCAUACUCUCACAGGUAAAGCCCCUGUUGAGGAGAAAUCCCACUGCUCUCACCCAGAUCCUUUCCUUCUUCCCUCCCUCCCUGGCGCCCAUUAGCUAGCCCAGGCCGUGGGGGCGGUGGCUGUGGAGUCUCCUCUCUGUGCCAGGCCCGGCCCCCGGAGACGCACCUGUUCUGACCUGCUUAGCAGGUUCCCAGGUUUCUGCCUUCGUUGUUGGCCACGGCGUGGGAAGCAGCUCUGGGGGAGCUCAGGGCUCCCGAUCACGGCUUCUUGGGGGUAGCCACGGCAGGGUGGGUAGAACUGGGGCCUGGGUCCCCUAGUGGAGACCCAAGUGGGAUAGACAGGUGCGUCAGUGCCUGGGACUCCCUGACUUCCUGCCUCCUGGGUCAGAGCCUUACACAGCUCCAGAACCGGCUCCCAGGGAGAACUCCGUGGAACUCCAGAAUCACUGGGCAGGUCUACCUUUCAGCCAAUGCCCCUGUCCCUGGGAGCCGAGAUGUGGGGGCCUGAAGCUCAGCUGCUGCUGUUGUUCCUGGCAUCAUUUACAGGCCGAUACUCCGCCGGUGAGCUGGAGACCUUGGACAUAGUGACAGUGGUGCUGGGCCAGGACGCAAAACUGCCCUGCUUCUACAGAGGGGAUCCGGAUGAGCAGGUGGGGCAGGUGGCAUGGGCUCGAGUGGACCCAAACGAGGGCACCCGGGAGCUGGCCCUACUGCACUCCAAAUACGGGCUUCAUGUGAGCCCUGCUUAUGAGGACCGCGUGGAGCAACCACCGCCCCCACGAGACCCUCUAGACGGCUCCGUCCUCCUGCGCAAUGCUGUGCAAGCAGAUGAGGGCGAGUACGAAUGCAGAGUCAGCACCUUCCCAGCCGGCAGCUUUCAGGCACGGAUGCGGCUUCGUGUUCUGGUGCCUCCCCUGCCUUCACUGAAUCCCGGUCCACCACUAGAAGAGGGCCAGGGGCUGACGUUGGCAGCCUCUUGCACUGCUGAGGGCAGCCCAGCUCCCAGUGUGACCUGGGACACAGAGGUCAAAGGCACACAGUCCAGCCGCUCUUUCACACACUCCCGCUCAGCGGCUGUCACUUCAGAGUUUCACCUGGUUCCCAGCCGAAGCAUGAAUGGGCAGUCACUGACCUGUGUGGUAUCUCACCCCGGCCUGCUCCAAGACCAAAGAAUCACCCACAACCUCCAAGUGGCCUUCCUUGCGGAGGCCUCUGUGAGGGGCCUUGAGGACCAAAACUUGUGGCAUGUUGGCCGAGAAGGAGCCACACUCAAAUGCUUGAGUGAAGGACAGCCCCCUCCCAAAUACAACUGGACAAGGCUGGAUGGACCUCUGCCUAGUGGGGUGCAAGUGAAAGGGGACACUCUGGGCUUUCCCCCACUGACUACUGAGCACAGUGGAGUGUACAUCUGCCACGUCAGCAAUGAAUUUUCUUCGAGGGACUCUCAGGUCACUGUGGAAGUUCUUGACCCUGAGGAUCCAGGAAAGCAGGUGGACCUGGUGUCUGCCUCGGUGGUCGUAGUGGGUGUGAUUGCUGCUCUCCUGUUCUGCCUCCUGGUGGUGGUGGUGGUUCUCAUGUCCCGAUAUCAUCGACGUAAAGCCCAGCAGAUGACCCAGAAAUAUGAGGAGGAGCUGACUUUGACCAGGGAGAACUCCAUCCGGAGGCUGCACUCUCACCACUCAGACCCGAGGAGCCAGCCGGAGGAGAGUGUAGGGCUGAGAGCGGAGGGCCACCCUGAUAGUCUCAAGGACAACAGUAGCUGCUCUGUGAUGAGUGAAGAGCCAGAAGGCCGCAGCUACUCCACGUUAACCACAGUGAGAGAGAUUGAAACACAGACUGAACUGCUGUCUCCAGGCUCUGGGCGGACAGAGGAGGAGGACGGUCAGGAUGAAGGCAUCAAACAGGCCAUGAACCACUUUGUUCAGGAAAAUGGGACCCUGAGGGCCAAACCUACAGGCAAUGGUAUCUACAUCAAUGGGCGAGGGCACCUGGUCUGACCCAGGCCUGCCUCCCUCCCGAGGCCUGGCUUCUUCUGCUUCCAUGGGGGAACUUCAGCUCUUAGGGGAAAACCCCUUAAAUGCCUGCAUUUCUUUAGGAAGGUACUUCCCAACCUACUGACUGCUCCACUUUUACCUCCAAUCCUUCUGUUGUUCAUCAGGAGGGCUUCACUGGUUGAGUGCCUCCCACCAUUUUGUGUAGGUCACUCCGUGUGUGUGUGUGUGUGUGUGUGUGUGUGUGUGUGUGUGUGUACUCAUGGAUUGUAUGUGCAUGAAGGGGUGACUGUCCAUGCUAUGUAUCUGCUGUCAUGUUGAGUCCAAGUGAAUGAUGUGUGUGCCACAGGAUUUAUGGCUGUGGGCUGAGCACCACUAGGGUGUAGUUUGUGAAUAGUGUGCCUUAUGUGUGACCUCUGCCUGCAGAGGCAGGGAUUGUCCUCAGACCCCAGAGCAGUAUUAGCGAUGCAGAGGUUAGAAGUGAGAGGUGGAGACUCUGGCAGGAUCCAGGUGUGCGGGCAUAGCUGGAGCUAGAAUCUGACCUCCAAAGUGGGGGAGCUGUGUUCCCACCCCUUGGGAGCAAGUGUGAAGCAGACAUCCAGGGGUCUGCCAGAGGCCAGAACUGUUACAGAAGCCCUCUGCCCUCUGGUGGCCUGUGUGCCUGCUACAUGUGGUACGUACCUUCUGUAAAUUAAACUCCAAGGGAACUUCCUGAGUUCUGCUCAGACUCCCUUAAUAAGAGAGAAAGAAAUGUAAGAAACAAACAACAAAGAAAAACUUCAUUGAUUUAUGUGCAUCGGUUUUACUGGGCUUGUUUAAGCAAGGCCAGUCCACAUAGGCAUUCAACAAAACUGUUUAGCAGACACCACAGCAGGGAUUAAUGCCUGUGGUUCUGGAAAGUUCUCUUCCUAGGAUGCAUUCACCCACAGAGGUUCUGGGGAGGGAGCUGACAGCUGCUGACGUCUGGAAACUGGGGUGUGAGGUACAAACAUUGGAUAGGAGGCUACAGAUGGGGUACUUGGCUUCCAUGGCCCCUCAGAUCUUGUCCUAGCUGUGUCUACAGUGGUUUGUGCCUUCCACAGAGUUGGGGCUUGGUGUCAGGGGCUCCUGGUUCAGUUGUGUUGAGGGCAGGGAAGGUGGAAGCUCAGGUGAGGAGGAAGGGGUGUUGUGGGUGAGGGUGAGAACAGGUCCUUCCCCAGGGGGUUCUGAGUCAUUAACUUGGGGCUCUCUGGCACUUUGUAUGUGUGGGGCCUGGGUUAGAUGUUUGUUUUUCUUUAGCCUAUCCAAAUUUACGCAGCCAGAAUACCGAGAUUUAGUAUCCAAAUCUUGUGUGGCCUGAAAUCUGCUGGUCUAAAGGAGAAGCUCUCAUUUCAUUCCCAAGCAUCCCAGGACUUAUGGACCCCAAGGAUCUAGGGUCUUAGUAUGUAUAUUUCAUGUAAAUAUAUGUAUAUUUGUACAUAAAACGAUAUUCUGUUUUUAAAUAAACAGAUAAAACCUUUUUGUCUGAUUCCUGUCUUGCCCCUUGAACUGGGUAAGUCACGAGUGCUACGUACUGAGUCUCUAUGUGAUUCCCUCCUUUGCUCCCAGGCAGGGAAAGGACCCAGGCACAGCUAAGAAAGGAGCAAGUGGCUUUCAAAAGACAUUUUAACCAUUUCUGAGAGCCUUCAGGUAGGGCUGUGUGGACAUAACCCCUUUUGGGGAAGCCAGUGCCUUAGUUUGUGAAGUGUUUCUAAUUUGAUGGUACUGGAAACUUCCCGCAGCUGUGUGGGGUGGAUGGCUGUGUACUCUUCUACAGACAAAGAAACUGAAACUCAAA